AUGGAGUCACCGACCUCGUCAUCGUUCGCUGGACAGAAGCGCAAAAUUGUCGACAUGAGCUCAGAUGAGGAGGACUCUCAUCCUCCCACAGCUUUCCGUGGCUUUGCGAGAGCUUCUUCGCGGUCCGAAUCGCCUCCCUCUUUUGGUCUCGGCAGUGCUCGUCGCAACCCUUGGAACAACAACAUGCAGUCGACCACCUCUGCCCCCAGGGGCGGGACCAGCAAUGGCGGCAAAGGUGCCAUGGGCGGUGGUAAUUCCUUUGCUGCGCGCAUGAUGGCGAAGAUGGGAUACAAGGAAGGACAAGGUCUGGGUGCAAGUGGACAGGGUAUCGUGAAUCCGAUCGAAGCCCAAGCGCGGCCGAUGGGCGCUGGGUUGGGCGCGGUUCGAGAAAAGACAAAGAAGACUCGGGAGGAAGAGAAACGGCAAGCUGCUGCGCGAGGGGAGGUCAUUGAAGACAGCUCGGACGAAGAAAGAAAACGGCGACGGAAGAAGAAGGAAGAGCGUCAGCGAGAGAGCCGGAGUGCAACAGGGACACCGAUUCCACGGGCGAAACCUCGAUUCCGGACCGCACGCGAGAUUGAGGCUGAUAUGGAUGGUCUCGAAGUACCUAACGUCUUGAAAUCGCUGAUUGAUGCCACCGGAAAGGAACAGCGAGUCUUGACCUCUACCGCCGGAUUGAUGACCCCGUUAGAGUUUGUCAAUCAAGGUGAAGGAGAAGCCCUGAAGAUUGCGCGACGAGCACGCAACGAUCUCGAAGCAUUUGCAGAUGAGUGGAAGGGAUUGACGGAGCGGAAAAAGUUCAUCGAGUUAGAGGAAGCUCAGAUUGUGGACCAAUUAGACACCAAUCAGCUCAAGACGGAUCAGCUUUCGGAUUUGAUUACUGCCAUCGGGCAGCUGGAGAUCUUCCAAGGAGACAGCAUGCUGGCGCGAUUCGACGAAUUGACCAGCAAGCUUGAGUCGAUGGAAAUGAAGUACCGCAAUGAGAUUGAUGAGUAUCGACUAUCAGAGACGGCGGUCGCUGCUAUUCAUCCAUUGUUUCGGCAAGCAAUGGAGGAAUGGGAACCUCUUCAAGAGCCGACAUUUCUUGUAUCCAAUCUUCGUCGCCUCCAGCCACUUCUGUCUCGUAAAAAGGAGGAUGCAACCACAUCAAGGCAAUCAACAUCACCAUAUGAAACCAUGAUCUACACCCUUUGGCUUCCACGAGUGCGCUCAGCGCUGCUGAAUGACUGGGAUGUAUUCGACCCAUCCCCGGCGACAUCGCUGGUCGUGUCGUGGAAAGACGUUCUUCCGUCCUUCGUCUACGCCAACGUGCUCGACCAGCUCGUCGUUCCUAAACUCAGCAGCGGCCUGAAGGAAUGGAAACCCAGAAGCAGCAGCCGGCGCCAUCCCUCUUCCCAUCAAAACUCACGCUUCCCGUGGUGGCUAUUUACAUGGCUGCAGUACUUGGAUGAACGACAUACGAACCCGAAACAGGCUACAGGUCUGCUCUCUGACGCGAAAAGAAAGUUCCGCGUGGUGCUGGAUUCGUGGGAUCUCCGCAAGGGCUUGAUCAGUGGCGUUGAACUUUGGCGAGACGCGUUGGGGUCCGAAUUUGACGCCUCCCUCCGCAAUCAUCUAUUACCGCGGCUUGCGCGUCAUCUGCGGGAGAACUUCGAGGUCAACCCUCAAGAACAGGACAUGGCCGCAUUGGAAGACGUCUUGAAGUGGAAGGGAUUCUUCAAGCCCAACGUCAUCGGCCUGCUUCUGGUAGCCGAGUUCUUCCCCAAAUGGCACAACAUCCUAUACAUCUGGCUCACAAACGAUCCCAACUUCGAGGAAGUCGGAGAGUGGUUCACCUGGUGGCGAUCUCAGAUCCCCGCUGAGAUCAACGAGCUGAGUAUCGUCGACGAUGAGUGGAACAAGGGUCUUCAGCAGAUGGAUCUCGCAUCCCGCCUGGAAGACCCCGCAACCGAGCUCCCAGUCCCAACCGCUGCGACGCCACAGAUUCCUCCCGAAGGCGUACCACGCGCUGCAGCGGCUGCCGCCCAGGAGGCGGCCCCGGCACCGCGGAAGCCCAAGGUGGUCGAGGAAAUCGCGUUCAAGGAUAUCCUCGAAACAUGGUGCAUGGAACAGGGUCUCAUCAUCCUCCCUUUGCGCGAAGCGCAUCCUCAAAACGGACAGCCGCUUUUCCGCAUCACCGCGAGUGCCACGGGCAAGGGCGGACUGGUCGCGUUCAUCCAGGGAGAUGUCGUCUGGGUUCAAAACAAGAAAGCGAAGGAUGUUUGGGAACCCAUGGGGCUGGAAGAUCGACUUGUGGAGCGUGCCGAGGGCAGGUAA